UGUCACAAAGUAGAGCCUGAAUCUGCUGUUUAGAUAUUUAAAGACCCUGUUUAAUGCAGCACACAGGACAUCCUCACAGUCCGGUCUGAACAGACAUACUGCACAAUCCAUCUCCUGGGGAACACGGAUAAUAAGAGUUUGUAUCUUGACUCCAGUCUGAAUUCCCAUGUGGGUGGUAGAGAAGAUCCGAGUGUCGGUGGAAAGGACCAACCUGCCACUUCCCAUAUCGGAAUACAGCUUCAAAAUCGGAGACAUAAUGUUUGGAGACAAGUCUUCCAUCGACAAAGCUAAGAAAAUCUUGCUGUGUCCCAACAUCAUUACUCCAGACACGAUCCCGGAGUUCUGCAUCCCACCCAAGAUCUCAACUUCGCUAGAGGGCAAAAGCACAGAGCAGGGCAAGCCGACUCCGUGCAUCUGGGUGUCUCAUUGUGAGAAAGGCAGUCCGAUGCGAGAGGCGGUUGCACGAGAGCUACCCAACAAUCAUAUCAUUCAGGUGGAAAGUGUGGACGAUGGGCCGUACGACAACGGCUGCAGCGAUGACGAAAACACCAAUGCUGAUCCUCAAAGCCAGGCUGCACUUUCUCUGCCCCAUCUGGCUAAAGCUCAAACGUGUUACGGCUUUUGCACUUUGCUGGAAAGUCCCCACACCAGAAGAAAGGAGUCCCUCUUCCACAAUGACCCCAACUCCAGUGGAAUCCCUCUGGUUUUUCCCAGGAGUAGAUCAAGCACUUAUUCCAAAUCUUCCUUGUCCACCACUUCUGUCCUUUCUGCAUCCGCAUCCCCUUCUUCCUUUAGCCUGAACACUUUAACCUCCAGACUUUCUCCAAGAGGUUUCACCCUGCACCGACAGGGAACUCUGGACAGUGACACUACCUCCUCUGCCGAAUCUUCUCCUUUCAGUUCUCCUCUGCUGAACAGAUCCCCACCUAAAUCGUCUCUCCUCAAAGCACUUAGCCAUGAAAAACUACUCUACCGUAACCUCCGAAAGGCCGCUGUGUCCAGAAACAACUCCCUCUCGACGGAUGAGGGCAGUUCCACGGACAACAGCCCCAAUGUCAUGAGGAGAGCAUCUGAGGGACUUGUAGAACCUCUCCCCUGUGGUUUCAGCUUGGCACCUCCUGCUAUCUUCCCCCUAGAUUUGGUUCUGCACAGGGAGAGAGCCAUGAAGGAGAAUUUGGUUCCUGUUGGAAAGGAUGGAACCUUACGGCUGUCUGCAGAGUACUGUCCCGAAAACCAGAGACUGCGUGUGCGGCUGAUAAGCGCAGAAGGCCUUUACGCUCUGUCUGUGGACCCCAAGAGCAUUAACUGCAGCGUUAGCCUCUCUCUCAUGCCCGGAAAAGUUCAGAAACAACGCAGCACCGUCAUCAGGAAGAGCCGCAACCCGAUCUUUAAUGAGGACUUUUUCUUUGAUGGCAUAACGGAGGACGAUCUCUGCCAGCGGUCACUCCGAUUCAAAGUGGUUAACAAGAUGUCCACCAUGAAAAGAGACUAUAGUUUGGGCAGCUGUGAUCUUCCUCUUACAUGCAUUGUCACCUUAUAAAUAAAUGUUUUGGUGUGUUUAAUGUAUUGUAUAUAUGUAUGUAUUCGCACAGUAUGUUUAUUUAUUUUUUCAAUUGUUUAUUUGCCAAAGACUUUUUUAUUAAAAAAG